AUGGAUGCCAUCAAGAAAAAGAUGCAGAUGCUCAAGCUCGACAAAGAGUCCGCCUUGGAGAGAGCUGAGCAGGCCGAGUCAGACAGGAAAACAGCUGAGGACAGCAGCAAACAGGUCGGCACCCGGUACACUACCAGGUGUAACGUACUUCUUGUGAUUGAGUAUGAGAGUAAUGGUGUCUGUCUGCAAGUUAGUAAAUCUCCUUUCUGUGUUUCUGCAUUCAAGCUUGAGGAUGACAUAGCAACACUGCAGAAGAAGCUGAAGUCAACUGAGGAUGAGCUGGACAAGUACUCUGAAGCCCUGAAGGAUGCCCAGGAGAAACUUGAGGUCGCUGAGAAGAAAGCCAUGGAUGCUGAGAGCGAUGUAGCUUCCCUGAACAGACGUAUCCAGCUGGUUGAGGAGGAGUUGGACCGUGCUCAGGAGCGUCUGGCCACAGCACUGACCAAGCUGGAGGAGGCUGAGAAGGCUGCUGAUGAGAGCGAGAGAGGCAUGAAGGUCAUUGAGAACAGGGCAAUGAAGGACGAGGAGAAGAUGGAGCUGCAGGAGAUCCAGCUGAAGGAGGCCAAACACAUUGCAGAGGAGGCUGAUCGCAAAUACGAGGAGGUGGCCCGUAAGCUGGUGAUCAUUGAGAGUGACUUGGAACGUACAGAGGAGCGAGCUGAGCUGUCUGAGAGCAAAUGCUUUGAGCUGGAGGAGGAGCUGAAAACGGUGCAGAACAACCUGAAGUCUCUGGAGGCCCAGGCUGAGAAGUACUCCCAGAAGGAGGACAAGUAUGAGGAGGAGAUCAAAGUUCUUACAGACAAGUUGAAGGAGGCUGAGACCCGUGCUGAGUUUGCUGAGAGAUCGGUUGCCAAGCUUGAGAAGACCAUUGAUGACCUGGAGGAUAAAGUCACACGUGCUAAAGAAGAAGGCCUGAACGUAAGGCAGAUGCUGGAUCAGACUCUAAUGGAGAUGGUUAACAUUUGACCCAGCUCGGUUCCUCUCCCCACAUAUGGCCGGUCUCCAUAUACGGCUGCUCCAGAUAAUGUUUGGCCUUGUGUUUAGAAGUGUCCUCUGAACGUCUUAUCCUGAAGAAACCAGCUCUACACAAGGUAGCACACACUGCUUCAGUGAGCUAAAGUUAAACUACACUGUUUUCGUUACACACUGUAAUCAGAGGUCAGUCAUCGUUAAUUGCAUAUCUUUAAAGUUUACAUGUGUAUAUGUUAGGAUCUGUACUUGUUGGGGGGGAAAUGCA